UAUAUCUUCGAUCUACUUCUAAAACAUUUCAUUUUUGCUCAUUGACACUACGUCGUUUGCUGCAUGUAGCCGUGCAUGGCAAAUGAGGAUCCAGAAUAAUUAUAUCUGCGAUGAAGGACUUGAUGAAGUAUGUAGUGAUAUCCACUAUGAUAUCAUUCAUGAUAACGAAUACUGUUGCCAUGAUAACAAACAACCGUGUCCUUCUGAGUGGAGUGUUGGUUGGUUCGGCUCUUGCUGCAUCUUACUAUGGGGUUUACAACUUUAGUCCAUUAGAGAUGGCAACAUUGAUGACUGCUCUUCUUGUCUUGAACGCUCCUAGACAACUGCAGAAAACGGAGGGACUCUCGUUUACGACCCCAGGGUAUACGUAUGAUCCUUUGUUGGGGUGCUUUCAACUUUUCAAAUCCCCUGGUGGUCUCACGCAUCCUGAUGCAAAUCAGUACUGUGCAAAAUAUGGCGGUCGGCUACUGUUGGUUAACUCGGAGGCAGAGGCUAAAGCACUAGGAGCAUUACUCGGGAAAGAGGGCGUACAACUCGUUUUAAUACAAGGAUCAAGAACUUCUGUAUCGUCACCGUGGGUGUCUGACGAUGGGAAUCCCUUACCGUAUACAGGAACUGAAGAAGUGCUCUAUCAACUUCGUGCUGCUUAUACAGUUAUGUUGUACAAUGCCAAUGGCAGAUUUCAAGCAUUUCUGAGUAGAACUAAGAUGCCUUUUGUUUGUGAAAUUCCGUGAAAUAUAAAAGACUAGAUAAUAGAUAA